CUGGCGAACUGUGUGCACUCUGCAGAUCAUUGCGCUGCGCUGCUGAAAGAGCUGGACUGUUUCUAAGGAGAAUCUGCCAGGUGUAAUAAUGCAGCACUACACAAAGCCAGUGAAGGAGUUUGUGGAAGAACACACUACAGGUGUCGCAGUUGUCCUGGUUACUGGUGUCGGGCUCUUGGUCCUGCGGAGAUGGCUGGCUGGGGGAGUCUGUCGCAGCAAAGCCCGCUUGGACGGAAAAACUGUUCUGAUAACGGGAGCCAACACCGGUAUCGGUAAAGAGACAGCGGUGGACAUGGCCAAGAGAGGUGCAAGGGUGAUCCUGGCUUGCAGAGACAUGGACAGAGCCAACAGAGCAGCAGAUGAGGUCAGGACGAGGAGUGGAAAUGGCAAUGUGAUUGUGAAGAUGCUGGACCUGGCCUCCUUGCAGUCUGUCCGAGCUCUGGCCAAAGAUGUAGAGCAGACCGAGGAGAGACUGGAUAUUCUCAUUAAUAAUGCUGGGAUAAUGAUGUGCCCACAGUGGAAAACAGAAGAUGGCUUUGAGAUGCAGUUUGGUGUGAACCACCUGGGUCAUUUCCUGCUCACCAACUUACUUCUGGACUUGUUGAAGAAAUCAGCCCCCAGCCGUGUGGUCAGUGUUUCCAGCCUGGCCCAUGACACAGGCAAGAUUCAUUUUGAUGAUAUAAACCUGGAGAAAAACUAUGAUCCGUUAAUAAGUUAUCGACAGAGCAAGCUGGCAAAUGUUCUGUUUACCCGGGAACUAGCUCUCAGACUGAAAGGCACAGGAGUGACAACUUACACUCUUCAUCCUGGAGUUAUCAAUACUGAGCUGGGCCGACACUUUUUCCCCUCUCUGCCUCUGUGGAAAAGGCUUUUGUUCAUGCCCCUUUUUUUCUUUGUCAAAACACCUUGGCAGGGUGCGCAGACCACCAUCUACUGCGCAGUGAGUGAGAGUCUGCAGGAUUCUAGCGGCCUUUACUACAGUGAUUGUGCAGUCAAAGAGGCAGCUCCUCAGGGUAGGGAUGAUGCUGCAGCCCGCAGACUGUGGGAUCUCAGUGCUUCCAUGGUGGGCCUGGCUUGAGACAAGACCUAUCACAUUUCCUGUGUAGACUACAUUUCAAAUUUGCAGACUAAUAAAUCUGCUUAAUUCAUAUAAAGUACAGAGAGUCAGUUUAAGAAUGUAGCAAAGUAGUGUUUUGGUGUGCAGGAUGAGCUUGGUUUGGAACAAAGUGCCUACGCAAUAAGAUGACCUGCAAUAUGAAGUGUGAAUUUCAGCAUUAAAAAAUUUGUGAGAUUUUAUGUACUGUAAUGCCAUUGACCAUUGUGCAUAGCUUAAUUAGACGUUUGGAUUUCAUUGCCAGUACUUAUGUAAUUUGUAACCAUGUAUCACAAUGAAAUUAUAUGUAAUAUGAUUUUAGGUUAACAUUUUAAUGGAGCCUAUUUUUGAAUAGUGAAUAAAGACAAUGAAUCAUUACCCUCUAUAAAAUGAGUAUACGGUAAAGAGCAUUUUAUAAAAGCUGUAGCAUAACAUGAGAAGUAUUCGGAAUAAAAUUUGAAUUUUUAAAA